UCUAUUUCCUUUCAAUUUAUCUGUUCUUCUGUUGAAGCAAGCAAGCCCCAACAACAAUGGGAAGCCCCAACAAGUCAAAUGCGUCUCCUUUUCUUACCACAAGGGGAGAAUCAGCGCCGCCGCCCGAGUCUCCGGCCAAAGCGCUCCGCCGGAUUCUGGAGUUGCCAGGGGUUCACCAAGGCCCUGCUUGCUUUAAUGGUCUCAGCGCCAAGCUUGUUGAAAGAGCUGGCUUCCAGUAUUGCUUCACCAGUGGAUUUUCGAUAUCAGCUGCUACAUUAGGGCUGCCAGAUACAGGUUUUCUAUCCUACGGAGAAAUGGUGGAUCAGGGGCAACAAAUUACCCAAGCUGUGUCAUUUCCUGUCAUUGGGGAUGGUGUCUCCAAAAGCCUGCGGUCAUACACAAGGCAGGAAAGUGGUGUCAAGGGAGGAAGCUGUGAUGCGGAUAAAAGCAGCAGUUGAUGCUCGGAAAGAGAGUGGCUCUGACAUUGUAAUUGUAGCACGAUCUGAUGCUCGUCAAGCAGUGUCUUUGGAAGAAGCACUUUGGAGGUCAAGGGCAUUCGCUGAUGCUGGAGCAGAUGUUCUUUUCAUUGAUGCACUAGCCUCAAAAGAAGAAAUGAAGGCUUUCUGUGGAGUAUAUCCCCUAGUUCCAAAAAUGGCGAAUAUGCUUGAAGGAGGGGGAAAAACACCAAUACUCAAUCCUCUCGAACUUGAGGAAAUUGGAUACAAACUUGUGGUUUAUCCACUUUCCUUGAUUGGGGUAUCUAUUCAAGCAAUGCAGGACGCACUAGCUGCUAUCAGAGGAGGUCGUAUCCCUCCACCUGGAAGCAUGCCAUCUUUUGAAGAGCUUAAGGAGGUCCUAGGUUUCAACAGUUAUUAUGAAGAAGAAAAGCGGUAUUAUAGUAACAGCAGUCAGCUGUCUUCUGAAAGAUUGGCCAGUAGUGUAUACAGUCUUCAAGGGACAUAUAAAAAUGCAGAACCAAAAGAUCAGAGUCCUCAAGAUCCCAUUGUUGAAGUUAUAACACCUGAAGUGUACAAUAACUAUGGUGCAGAUGGUUUCAAGGAUUCAUUUUCCGGGAUCUGGUCUCGGAAAUUGAGAAUCAAAAUAACUGGAAGAGAUGGAUUUGAGAAACUUGAAGUUAGAAUUCCUGCUGGAUUCUCGGACGGAAUCACCAAUAUAGUUCCAGCUCUUGGGGGUGUAAACAUCAAAGAAUUGUUGAAUGAGGCAGCUGAUGAAAUGGGAGGGAAGCAGCUGUUAGAUUUUAAUGACACAAUGGGUGAUAGAACUCAAGUUUUUCUAGAGUAAAUCUCUUGUAGUUGAUUUUUACAAGGAUAUUGUAAAAGAUAUACCCUAUGUAUAUCAAGAAUAAUCCUCCGAGAGGCUUUGUUUGCAAACUAAAGACGUGAAAAAGUGUACGUAGAGACUAAGAGGUAUCAGGAUAUGCUACGUUUUUGGUUUAGAAGUAAGAGGAUAUUUUUUUUCUUUUUA